AUGAGCAAUUGCAAAAAGAGCGGUCGUGGAUGGUGGAAUCCGGUCAACAGGAAAGAUCCGAACGUCUUCGAGUUCAAGAUUAUUGGUUCUUGGGGAAACGAUGAUACGGGCACGAUCUCCGUAGAGAUGUUCAACGACAACGCGCACCCCCUUCUGAUUUCGAUGAGAAGUCGGUACAGCUAUAAACCGUGUGGCACGUUUAACGAGUACUCUUUCCCAGUCGGAUAUUCGGACUAUGGUCCUAUUCCGGUAGAAGACGGCGACAAGUAUUGCCUCCCUAUCAGCACCGUCUUGAGAGCGACUUUCGUGACUCACGGUAAACCUUCAACUUGCGACGACUCGCUGACAGCUGAUCAUGCGCACAUCCGCGGACUCGGGGUGGUGCGUUCUGACUGCGAUUAUGAUAAGGAUACGGAAGUUGUAGGCUGCAAAGCCAAAGGUAUAAUCCAGCUACGAGGGCAGGAGGUCAAAGUCGAGGACGUGACGAUUGUCGGUGCAGGGCCGGACAAUCGCCACGUGAUGCUGAAUGCCCAGUGGGAUUGCAGCGACGGGUCAACGGGUGCAGUGGUCAACAAUGUGAAGGUGCUCGGAACAUGGUACAUGUCGACCGAUGGAAUCGCCGCUACGGGGGUCGACGGUUUGGUGACAAACAGCUUCGUGAUGACCCACGACGAUGCGUAUAAGCCGAUGGAGAAAGAUCAGAAAUUCUUCAACAACAUCGUAUGGCCUGGUACGAAUGGUUGGGCCCUUAUGUUCGGUUGGGAACAACCGGGGUUUUCGGGCGCAACUGUCACUGGCCUGGACGUGUGGCACUCACAAAGGAGCGUCAAAGAAAAGGACGGGAAGACCGUUUCCCCUGCCUAUAUUGAGAAUGUGUUUGUGGACAACGUCCGUAUCCUUGGCAAUGUCCGUCGAGUGUUUGAAUUCAUCCUGGCUCCCAGCGCUUUCUGCGAGCCCUGGGAUCCUGACGCGGGAUGGACCUAUAACCUCGAGUGCCAGAAUCAAGGAAAGUUCCGGAAUUUCACUUUGGGCAAGGACUGGGGGAUCAAUAUGUACGGCUGCCCAUUCUUCAUUGCUGCGUCAAAGGUGGCGCAGGCGCUAGCCGACAAGGGAGCCGUACGCGAGUGUGUAAUCACGAGGGCGGGGAGCGUGCAUGUGCCGUGCUGGCCAGACGCCGACCGCGAGACGUACCGGAAGCUUGUUGCCGAUGAGCCUCGCACGGCGUCAUGGCAGGGCGGCUCGCCACGCGUCACCGUUGACGGCGACGCGCAGUCUGCGAUGGGUGCAUCCGAGUUUUUGCAGACGUACGGCCACCUCCUCGACGGUCCGCAGGAGCUAGGCCUGCCGCAGAGCGCGGCACGGUGGUGGGCGGAGGCGACGAGCUCGAGUAUAAAGCCGCUGUUUGUCGCCGCAUACGUCACUGGCGCCAAGGCCUUCUUCGAAGCCGACCCCGCCGGGCAGGAGGGAGCAGCACGCCCCCAAACGGCGCUGCACGAGAAGCGGGGCCGGAUCGUCUACGAGGACAUCGGAUCCGCAACGUUUGGCAACCACUCGCUCGACCGCUCAGCCGACGUCGCGCUCGACAAGUUCCUCUCAAAAUCGUGCGAGGGGCUUGGCAUGGGCUUGGAUGGGGGGAAGGUGUCCGUUUGA